UGAAUCGAAAGGCAGUCGAGCAUUGAACGCCGCUCAGUCAUCAGUCAACUUUUUGGAUAUAAACAUCAACUGCAGAACUAAUGGAAUUUCUCAGGACUCUUUCACUGCUUUUGAUUUUGAGUAUAGACCAGUCAUAUGGCCGAUGUGAAAGAUCUGUAUCAUUGGAAAAUGGCCUGGUCAUGUUUCGAGGCAGAAGUCUUGUGAGAUUUCGGUGCAAUCGCGGCUAUUCUCUGCAAGGAAGUAUGUUGCAAAAUUGCGAACGAGAUGGCCGCCUUCGGGGAGAAAAGCCUUUUUGUGCCAGGAGGGGUUGCGAGGAGAAUAAGGAUCCUGAGAAUGGACGUGUUCUGAGUGAUCCUUUGAAGGCGGAAAUCGUGUGCCUGGAUGGCUUUGUGUUGGUGGGCAGUCGCACUGCCUACUGCAAUGGCGAAGAGUGGAACACCCAGUUGGGUACCUGCCGCAGGAGCAAUCACACUGACGACCAUUCCUGUGACUUUGAGAGCGAGGAUCAGUGCGGUUGGGAGGCGGAGGUCACCUACCGGCAACCUUGGAGACGCGUCAGUGCGGUCUAUGACCAUCACUCGCUGCGAACAGGACCCCAUCACGAUCACACCUUCCAGAGCCACGCCGGCGGACACUAUAUGCGCAUGGAGACCCAGAUGGGCGCCUAUGGCAGCUACCACUUAAUGUCGCCAAUCUAUCCCAGAUCCCUGAGUCUGAAGACGGCCUGCUGCUUCCGGUUUCACUAUUUCAUGUUCGGAGUGGGCGUGGAUAGUCUGGUGGUGUCCGUGAAACCCGUCUCCAUGCGAAUGGCCGACAUGUGGAACCUUUUCAGGGCCAAUUCCAGCAAAUUCGAGAUGUCAGGCCAACAGGGACCACGCUGGCUAGAGCACACUAUAACCAUAGAUGAGAUGCAGGAGGACUUUCAGGUGAUCUUCACGGCCACCGAUGCGAGAUCGGAAUUCGGGGACAUCGCCAUCGAUGACGUCAAGCUGAUGACGGGCAGUGAGUGCGGAGUGGAUGGAUACACCACCACCACCGAACCACCACCACCACCGACGGCCAGCAGCGAAAUGCCUUUGGUUUCGGAUAUGAUGAGCUGUAGGGGUCGUUGCGGUUCCGAAAAUCCCGGUCCCUCCUUCACCAAAGGGGGUUUCAUUUUGGGUUGUGGGUGUGAUGAUUCUUGUCUCAUAUUUGACAACUGUUGCCUAAACUAUAUCGACGAGUGUGCUAAGGGGCUCGAUACAACGACCGAAGAAGAAACGAGCUCUACAACAACCACUAGCACUACAAAGAAACCUACAACAACCACAAGAAGAGCAACAACAUCGACAAAAAGAGCAACUACAACGACAUCUACGACAACAACAACAACCAGAAGGACAACAACACCAACUACUACUUCAACCACUACAACACCAAGGCCCACAACAACAACAACGAAGGUAGCUACCACAAGAAGGACAACAACCACCAAAAAGCCGACAACAACAACGCGGAAAACAUCAACAACAACUAAAACUUCUGCGACACCAAAGACAACAACAACAACUACUUCAACCACUCCAAAGACAACAACUACAAAAAAAGUGUUGACAACACAGAAAACCACAACAACAACAACGACAGGAAAAACAACAGGACUCGGCACAACUGAACAGACGAGAAAGCGUAUCACUUGGAAGAUUGAUCCGCAGGACAUCGCAGGACACAUGGGCACUGACGAAAGUACAUCCAACCCAGCCUUAAUAGUGUUGUAUAUGCUUGUCGGCCUUGUGCUUGUGGUUGUUCUGGCCAAUAUCACACAUCGCUGGAUAUUCCCAGUCAGUGGUUCCAGAACCAACAACGAGAAGGCCGUAACUUUCAGAAAGGCUUUUGAAAGUCUGAAGAAACCAAUAAGAUUUCUGCGGAGACGGGGAACAUCAAGCAUGGAUCAGCCGUUGUGCGAUACAGAUAACGAGGACGGAGAUUAUUUCGAGGAAAUGGGAGUGGACAUACGCAAUGGGUCCGGUCUAUGAGGGUGCGGAUCUACAAAUAAUCCAUAGGCCCCUAUAUAAAUUACUUAUGCCUAUUGUAUAGGAAGUUAAAAAUGUAUGAAAUUCAAAGAAAUCAGCUUGAACGUACAGUCUAUGAGGGUGCGGACUUCAAAAUAAGCCAAAAGUAUGAGGAUUGAUGUGCCCUAUCUAAUAAUUGCUUAUGCCUAUUGUGUAGGAUGAUAUAAAUAAAAGAAAAUCUUAAACAAAUAUAUUUGUAAAA